AUGCCCAGCCCCGGGGGACAGCCGGCGGGCGAUGGCUGCGCGGGAGGGGGACAGGCAGAGCCCGCGGAGGAUGAGGGACCGGAGCCGGCGGAGGACGGUGCUGAGGACAGAGCCGUGGACAGUCCUGAGGAUGGGGUGCCCCCUGAGCCGGCCGGCCAGCGCCUGAGCCUGGACGUGCUGCCCGACGGCUGUGCCCGUCUGCUGCGCCUGUGUGCUGGGCGGCCGCGGUUGGACGUGCGCUUCCUGCGGCUUAGUGCCCACGAGGACCCGCGGCUGCUGGCGACCGCCCUGGCCAUCCUGCCCCGGAGCCUGCCACACCUGCGCUCGCUGGUGCUCAGAGGGGGGCAGCACCGGGACGCAGGGGGCGCCUGCCUGCCCGGUCACCUGAGCUCGCUGCCCGCCGGCCUGGAUGGCCUGGCCCAGCUGGCCCACCUGGACCUGAGCUUCAACCUCCUGAGCCGCCUGCCUGCCUGUGGGGGGCUGCCCCCCAGCCUGGCCGCCCUGCUGCUGUCCCACAACCGUCUGCGGGCGCUGCCCCUCACCCUGGGCCCGCUGCCUGCGCUCACCUUCCUCACCCUCAGCCACAACCGUCUGCGGGCGCUGCCCCCCGCCCUGGCCGCCCUGCCCGGCCUGCGGCGCCUCGACCUCAGCCACAACCUGCUGGACACGCUGCCCCCCGACCUCGGGGCCCUGGGCGGCCUGGCCGAGCUCAACGUAGCCGGCAACCGGCUGCGGGUCCUCCCGGAUGCCCUGGUGCAGCUGGAGUCUCUGCAGCUGCUGCUCCUGCACAGCAACCUGCUGACCUGGGUGCCCGCCGGCCUGGCCCGCCUGCCGCUGCUCACCCGCCUGGACCUCAGGGACAACCAGCUGCGCACGCUGCCCCCCGAGCUGCGGGACGCCCCCUUUGUGCGCCUUCAGGGGAACCCCCUGGGCGAGCCCCCCCUGGCCCUGUCAGCUUCCCUGUCACCCCCCGUGGCUGCACGGUCACCCUGGCCGGUGGCGCCCGCCUGCAUUUCCCCGAGGGGGCUGUCGCCGCCCCCCUCACCAUCGCCUGCCGCCUGUGCCCGCCGGAGCCGCGCCUCGCACCACUGGGCCCCCACGACGCCCUGCUCAGCCGCAUCCUGGAGCUGCGGCCCCAUGGGGUGGCUUUCCAGCAGGCAGGACGUGGGCCUCUGGCUGCUCUUCCAGCCCCCACGGACACGGCGCUGCCGGGAGGUGGUGAUCCGCACCCUGAGCCGGGGCAGCUGGAAAGACCUGGAGACCCGCCUGGAGGAGGAGACACCCAGGCGGCUCUGGGCGCACUGCCAGGUGCCCCACUUCUCCUGCUUCCUUGUGAUCUUGCGCCCGGUGUCUGACACCUGCCUGGUGCCCCCAGAGGGGACACUACUCUGUUCCUCGGGGCUCCCCGGGGUCAGGGUCACCUUUCCCCCCGGAGCAACGGAGGAACCUCGGCCAGUGAGCAUGCAGGUGGUCCCCCUCAGUGGCCAGGAUCUGCAGGCCCUGCGCGCCCUGUUGGCUGAACCCGAGGCGGCCGCCAGCCCCCUGCUGGCCCUGUCCCAGAGCGGGGGUCCCGUGGCCCCUGGGUUCCUGCGGCCGGUCACCGUGCAGCUGCCGCUCCCCCCCGGAGUCUCAGGCCUGGGCCUGGACCGCACCCACCUGCACCUGCUACACCGGGCGCCCCUGGCGGCUGCCUGGGACGAUGUCACCACCCAGGUGGCCCUGGAACUCAGCCACCUGUACGCACGCUUCCGGGUCACCCACUUCUCCUGGUACUGGCUGUGGUACUCCACCCGGGCGUGUGUGCAGGGCCUGGUGCGCAGGGCCUGGGAGCGUCUGCGGCUGCACCGUGUCAACCUCAUUGCGCUGCAGCGACGCCGGGACCCGGAGCAGGUUCUGCUUCAGUGCCUGCCCCGAGGCAAGGUGGACACCACGCUGCAGAGACUGCGAGAGCGCUACCGGGGCCCCGAGCCGUCAGACACGGUGGAUAUGUUUGAGGGUGAAAGCUUCUUUGCUGCCUUCGAGCGAGGCCUCGCCGUGGAUGCUGAACGCCCCGACUGUGUGGACGGCCGUGUCUGCUUUGUCUUCUACUCACAUCUGAAGAACAUGAAGGAAGUUUAUGUGAACACCGUGCUGGACCGGCGGGCACAGGCGGUCAGGGGCCAGGUAUCUUUCUACCGAGGCACGGUGCCCCCAGAGGUGCCUGAGGAGGCCGCGGCCGCUCGGCAGAAGCAGGCAGCAGAUGCCGAGUGGAUGGCCACUCUGCCCAUCAAGUUGCCGAGACUGCGGGGCCCCGGCAGCCCGGGCAGGUGCGCCGACCUCUCGCUGGCCCCCCUGCAGCUGGGGGACGCGGAGACGGGCUUCCUGACACAGAGCAACCUCCUGGGCGUGGCCGGGCGCCUGGGCACCGACUGGCCGGCUCUGGCCCUGAACUUGGGGCUGCCCUACCAGCAGGUGCAGGCCACCCGCCACGACUUCCGGGACGACCUGGCCGGCCAGGCCCGUCACAUGCUCUUCUCCUGGGCCGAGCAACACGCCAGGCAACCGGGGGCGGUGGAGCUGCUGGUCCAGGCCUUGGAGCAGAGUGACCGGCGGGACGUGGCUGAGGAAGUGCGGGCCGUGCUGGAGCUCGGCCGUCAGAAGUACCAGGACAGCAUCCGACGUACUGGGCUGGCGGUGCCCGAUCCCUCAGUGUCCCCCGCCCCGGAGCCCACCCAGGCCUGAGCCACAAGCCCACGGCAACCUGGCCUGGGGGUGGCCCCCGGACACCAAACACGCACUGUGCCACCUCC